AUGACGCUCCCCGCACUUGUCUCCGCACUCUCCAUCCUCGGCCUGGGCACAAGGGGAACUGCAGCCCUGCCAGAUGAGCCUGCGAUCUUAAGAAGGGCGUGUCCAGACUACCUAUCAUACUCUCAAAGCCCUCACCCUCCAUACAGCGGAGGCCCAUUAAACCUCCCAUUCCAGAGGCCAGCGACGGAAUGCCGAACAUUCAACUCAUCUGCUGUUGAACAAGUUAUAGAAGAUGUCACAUCUCGCAUGGUCGACAAAGAUCUCGCGCAACUUUUCCGCAACGCCUUUCCUAACACCCUGGACACGACCAUACGCUGGCAUACCGAUGGCACCACAACUGCGACGAGGAAAAGCAAGAAGCAAUCCGAGCAAUGGAACGGACCACAGACCUUUGUCGUAACUGGUGACAUUAACGCAGAAUGGCUCCGCGAUUCAACAAACCAAUUGGCGAACUACCAGACUCUGGCGAACCAAGACCAGCGCCUUUAUAGCCUUAUCCAGGGCGCAAUCAAUACGCAGGCUGAGUUCGUCAUACAGUCGCCCUACUGCAAUGCAUUCCAGCCGCCGCCUCCGAGCAAUAUCCCACCUGAGGGCCAUAACCAAGAUGAUCAGGUCCACCCAGCAUACGACCCAUCCGUCGUGUUCGAGUGCAAGUACGAGCUUGACUCUCUCGCCAACUUCCUCGGCCUUGCGACGGACUUUUACGAGAAUACCGGGUCUACGGACUUCCUCACCAGCCGCUGGUUCACAGCACUAGAUACCCUCCUCGCGGUCCUAGACGCACAGUCGCAACCAACCUUCAACACCGAAGGCCAGUUCGUCACCAACCAGUACACCUUCCAACGAAGCACAACGCUAGGAACUGAAACACUGAGCUUAGCAGGAGUCGGAAACCCGCUGAACAGCGCCACUGGCCUGAUUCGCAGCGCGUUCAGACCUAGCGAUGACGCAACCAUAAUGGGCUUCUUUAUCCCCGCAAACGCGCAGAUGGCGGUUCAGCUCAACAGGACAGCUGCUAUGCUUCGCGCGGCCGGUGGACACGAUGGUCUUGCAACGAACCUUGCGGACCGCAGUACUAGAUUGCGCAGCGCUAUCCAGGACGCUGGUAUCGUCACUCACCCGAAAUUUGGCGAAGUAUACGCGUUUGAGGUGGACGGCUACGGAUCGCAUAUCUUCAUGGAUGACGCGAAUGUUCCGUCCCUCCUCUCUCUCCCCGUCCUCGGCUUCGUCGAUAAGGAGGACCCCGUGUACAAGAAUACACGCAAGAUGAUCCUAUCCAAGGAUGGGAACCCUUACUACCUCACAGGCUCUGCAUUCCACGGUAUCGGCGGUCCACAUAUCGGUCUCGAAAACGCCUGGCCCAUGUCCCUCCUAAUCCAAGCCCAAACCUCCGACUCCGACGCCGAGAUAACAGAGUGCCUGAACUUGGUCAAGAACUCGAGUCUGCUGGGCCUUGUUCACGAAUCCGUUGAUGUCAACAACAUCGCCGAGUAUACGAGACCUUGGUUUGCAUGGGCGAAUUCCGUCUUUGCGCAGACUGUGCUCAAGCUUGCGGCUGAGCGGCCGGCGAUUGUUUUUGGGGAGGGCGCUGAGCCGUAUGUUCCUUAG